GCUACCCUGAACGCCAGGACCUCCAUUUUGGCUGCAGCAAACCCAGUUGGCGGGCGCUAUGACAGGUCCAAGUCACUGAAACAGAAUAUAAACCUGUCGGCUCCCAUCAUGUCUCGAUUUGAUCUCUUCUUCAUUCUAGUGGAUGAAUGUAAUGAGGUUACAGAUUAUGCCAUUGCCAGACGCAUAGUGGAUCUGCAUUCCAGAAUAGAAGAAUCUGUUGAUCGGGUCUAUUCCUUAGAUGAUAUCAGAAGAUAUCUACUGUUUGCCAGACAAUUUAAACCGAAGAUAUCUAAGGAAUCAGAGGACUUCAUAGUGGAGCAGUAUAAAAGGCUACGUCAGCGUGAUGGCUCUGGAGUGACAAAGUCGUCCUGGAGAAUCACGGUGCGGCAGUUGGAGAGCAUGAUCCGGCUGUCCGAAGCCAUGGCCCGGAUGCACUGCUGUGAUGAGGUUCAUCCAAAACAUGUGAAGGAAGCUUUUAGGCUUUUAAAUAAGUCCAUCAUUAGAGUUGAGACUCCUGACAUCAAUUUAGACCAAGAUGAUGAACAGCAAAUGGAGGAUCAAGAGGACCAAGGUGGAGUCAAUGGUGAGGCGGAAGCUCCAGCUGGGGUCAAUGGUCUUGUGAAUGGGAUCGGUGGCCAUCCUGAGGACGUGAGCAAGGACGCUGCACCCAAAGCUUCUCUUAGACUGGGCUUCUCGGAGUACCGGCGGAUUUCUAAUCUCCUUGUGCUGCACCUCAGGAAAGCAGAGGAAGAAGAGGACGAUUCAUCAUUAAAGAGAAGUGAACUUAUUAAUUGGUAUCUAAAGGAAAUUGAAUCUGAAAUAGAGUCUGAAGAGGAGCUUAUAAACAAAAAGAAAAUCAUAGAAAGAGUCAUUCAUCGACUUACACAUUAUGACCACAUUCUUAUAGAACUGUCCCAGUCGGGACUGAGAGGCUCAAGAGAAGAGGAGACUUUUGAUGAAGAUCCAUACCUGGUUGUCAACCCUAAUUAUCUGCUGGAAGACUAAGGCUUGAGAACUGACUAGUUAUGUGUUGGAAAGUGCAUUCUCUCUAAAUUUUUGCGAUAGUUGCUAUAUAGCUAACAUCUUAAAUUCGUAUGAAUGCUUUACUGUCAAAUGGACCAAUAUGUGGUUAGUAAUAUAUGAUUGUUCAUAUACAUUGAACU